UGACCCCAGCGGCCAGACAAGAACAAAGGAACAUUUUUUGAAUUAAUAAGACGCACCGUGAUAUUAAAUUAAAACUUGGAUCGGCCUGCUUUAAAAAAAUGUCUUGGAUAUAAUAAAAUAUACUUCAGUAGAAAAAAAUAAUCCACGAAAGGUUAACAACAUCUAAAGUCAGAGUACGGUACUGGUGUGGCGCGGCGCUUGCCUAAUUAUUUAUGUUAUAUGGUACGACUGUAUCACAAAUAAAACACAAAUAUGGAAACUAAUAAUCCAGAAGUUCAAACUUUACAUCAGUGUGUAGUUUGUGAUGAAAUGUUUCAACAAUACAGUGAUCUUGAAGACCACAACAAAAUACAUGUUAAAGAUGAGAAAACUGAUGCAACCGACUUGGAUGAAUAUGGUCAUAUACCUGUACAGUUUGAUGGGGAGAAAACUGUGAAUGAUAACAAAACAUUACAUCAUUGCAAAUUGUGUGAUGAAACAUUUAAAUUAUACUCUGAUUUAGAGAUACAUUGUGAAAAUCAUGCGAUAGAAGAGGAGUCUAUUUCAAGUGAGUCUAUUUCAAAUAAAACUCAACAAAGUCAGCCACUUGAUGAGAAUCAGUUAGAAAACAAUUCAAAGAUAAAUGUACAUAUAAAAGAAGAAAAAACUGAAGAUAUUAAAACGUAUCAUUGUAAAUUGUGCAAUGAUCGCUUUGAAUUCUACGCCGACUUAGAGAAACAUUGCAAGAUACAUAUAAAAGACGAGGACAAUGGGGACCCCAUAGCAAGUACAUCAUCUCAAUGUAAAGUUAGUAAUGAGAGUCUUGACCAAGAAAUACCUCCUAUAGCAAAUUCAAAUGAUUCAAAUAAUAAAUCUAGUCGACCUACUAGGAGUAGAGGAACUGCUAAAAUUAAAUCUGUUCCUACAUGUGAACUUUGCGGCAGAACAUUUACCCAGCAAAGUAGUCUUAAAACUCACAUGUCAAUACAUACUGGAGAAAAACCCUUUCAAUGUGGUGUUUGUGGGAAAUCAUUUAAUCAGAAUAAGCGUUUAGAAGGUCACAUGAGAACUCAUACCGGUGAGAAACCCUAUAAAUGUGAAGUAUGUGGAAACACAUUUGCAUUAAACAGUAGUCUGCGUCACCACAAACGAACUCAUACUGGAGAGAAGCCAUUUAGAUGUGAUGUUUGUAGUCGACCAUUUAGUCGAAAUUGUCUUUUGAAACAGCAUAUGAGGAUUCAUACGGGAGAAAAACCGUAUAAUUGUCUUAUUUGUGGUAAAUGGUUUCGACACAGUCAUUAUUUACAGACACAUAUAAAACUUCAUUCGAAACAGAAAUCUCCCCGAGGUCGUGCUGCCAAGAAAGCAGAAGAAACAAAAGCUAAAGAAGAAUCCAGCAGCAGUUCUUAUGCUAUACAAAACUGGUCUUAUAUCUAGAUGUCAUCAUUUGAUUUCAAUAAUUUUGAUUCACUUCACUUACUGUUACUUAAAAAGUCAAAAUCAAAAUAUAUUCCUUUGAUGUCGUACUUACAUAGCCAGCCAGUGAUUGAAGACUAUAUCCAUACUAGUGUGAAAACUGUAUUUGUUGCUGAAACUAUUGUGAUGAGGAAAUUCUUGCUAUAUCAAAAAGUAUUUUUACAUGUAAAGCAGCUUUUUAUUUUUGUUACUUACAUGUACAUAUAGCAUCCGCUGAAUGGGAUUAUAAUAUUACAAGAACACUAUGCUGUACAUGUAGAGUUAAUCUCUUCAUCUGCCAAAGGUGCAGCCUGGUUUCCCAAUGUUAGUGGUUCAAGUUAGAACGAAAUACCACGGUCUUGUGUACACAUUGGUGUGUACGUUAAAGAACCCUUGUCAGUUUAGUACUCAAUGAACAGUAAGUGGAAAAGUAGCUGUCCAGCCAUUUGCCAAAAUAGAGGUGAACAAUAUAGUUUACUUUUUAUUUUACAUGUACAUGUAUCUAUUUGAAAAUUUAUAAAUUAUUUUGGGCAUUGAUGUUAUUUUUGCAGUUAAAAGUACAAGUACUGUAAUAUUCAUUUAUAUGUAUAAUUCUUGUAGUGCAUCAUUUGCAUCUUGAAGCUGAAUGAGCUAAGAUCAAUGAUUAAUUGUAACAUAAUAAAAUUAUUUCAUGAAUUUUCAUUUCUUAAAGAUGCAUUAUGAAGAGCUGGUUGUUCUUCCUAUAAAUGUUCAAAAAUAGAUAAUAAAAAAUGGAGAUAUUGAAAAUUACUUUAUUCCGAGCAAAUAUAGAAGUAUUUGCAGUUUGGAAAGGGGAGAUGAAGCGUAGAUUGUUUAUUGUAAACCAAACGGUAUUAGAUAAUCUAGACUAAUUUCAAAAUCUUGCAGGUUUUUCAAUCUCUGCCAUCAUAUGGUCUAGAAAGUUAUUAUGCCUAUGCUUGUCAUGUGAAUAAAUAUCUAAAUUAUAGUUUAUAUAACAUUUGAAGCCAAAAUAAAGUUUUACAAAAGGCAUUCAUGUAUUUAUAUGUAGCUCUUAGUUACAUACACAUUAUGCAUCUUUAAAGGAUUUUUAAGUUACCAUAAUGGGGGAAACAAGCCAUAUUUCAAAAUGUAAAAAAAAAUAUUAUUUUACCAUAAUACUGUACUUGUACUAGAAUAUGCCUACUUCGUAUGGAUAUAAUACAUGUAUUGGAGGUGGGGAAAGUACCUUUGAUAAGGUAUUUGAAGGACUUUUAUUUCCUGGUAUGUAGUACAUGUUACUAUGUACCUUUUACCGAUGUGUAUAUGUAUAUACAUGUAUUGCAGUUCAAAUACAUGUCUAACUGUAAUAUGUUGUUUUGUGAUAUCAGGCUUGUCAUUGAUAUUCAUUAUUAUAUUGUUUGUUUUGUUGAGUAGCCAAUAAAUUUAAGAU